ACCGUGUUGUAGAUGCUGUUACUGAUGGUCUAUAUGGGAACUCAGCUCAAAGAAACAAAAUUCUCAUUGCAAAAAUUGUUUCUGCGGUUGCUGCAACCUUGCUUCUUAUAAGUAUUUUAGUCUUUAUCUUCAAAGGAAAGCUUUUGAAGAGAACAGGCUGGAAGGAUGGAGAUUCUGCUCUCGUUAGCUUCAUGUCAAGUGCAUCUUUAGUUGGGAAAGACGAUAUGAAGUUGGGAAAGUACAGUCUGCAGAAAAUAAGAGAGGCUACUAACAACUUCCAUGAAGAUAACAAACUUGGAGAAGGCGGUUUUGGCCCUGUGUUUAAGGGGUUUUUGGCUGAGUUUGGAGACGUAGCCAUCAAAAGGCUAUGCAGGAGGUCAUCACAAGGACUGGAGGAGUUCAUGAAUGAGUUGAAGCUAAUCGCGAAUUUGCAGCACAAAAAUCUAGUCAGCCUGUUAGGAUGCUGUGUUGAAGGCGAGGAGAAGAUACUUAUCUAUGAGUAUAUGCCAAAUCGCAGCCUGGACAAAUUUCUUUUUGACCCUUCAUUGAAGGUUAUGCUAGACGGGAGUAUACGUUUUGGGAUAAUAGAAGGAAUUGCUCAAGGAAUGCUUUAUCUACAUAAGUAUUCAAGAUUAAAAGUCAUUCACAGGGACUUAAAAGUAAGCAACAUUCUGCUAGAUCAAGAGAUGAUUCCUAAAAUAUCAGAUUUUGGAAUGGCAAGGAUUUUCGGGACUGAUCAAACACAGGCCAAUACGAACCGAGUGGUCGGAACAUAUGGCUAUAUGUCUCCAGAAUAUGUAAUAUAUGGCCAAUUUUCGGAGAAAUCAGAUGUAUUCAGCUUUGGAGUGUUGCUCUUGGAAAUUCUGACUGGUGAACGGAACUCGAACUUUUCCAUGACGGAAAUUUCUUUAUCCCUCUUAGGAUGGGCAUACAAUAAGUGGAAAGAAGGAAGAAUGUUGGAGCUGAUUGAUCCAUCAAUAAGGGAAACCUGCGACGCUAACAAGGCCACAAGGUCAAUUUUGGUUGCCCUUCUUUGUGUUCAAGAAAUUCCAAAAGAUCGGCCAACAAUGUCUAAUAUAGUUGCCAUGUUAAGCAACGAAACGUUAUCAAUCCCCGAGCCAAAAGAACCUGCCUUUCGCAGUAGCUGGCAACCUCAACAUGAGUUAAAUGGUUCUUCCAAAAAUGAGAUGACAAUUAGUUUGCCAGAACCUCGAUAGGAGAAAAUUAUGUCACUAUUUCUUACAGUUAGAGGCAGAGUUAGUUUUUUAUAAGUUUUAAUUUUUGAGAAGGCAGCUUACUGGUGUUGAAAAAUCAAAGUUAUUAAGUUCUGUCAAACCCGUAAACAGAAAUGUAGCUUCCUUCAUUGCUUCAAAUAAUGAAGCGGUUAUUCAUUUGUAUUCUUUCAAAGGAGAUAUACAAGGCGUCAGUUUCUGAAGAACUUCACUUGUAACGUAGAGAGUUUUACUUUAAGACACUUCUAGCUUUACGAUUUUCUUAU